GAUGCGAGAUGCGAGACUCACAGUCAGUCGCACGGGGGACGUCGCGGCGAUCGGACGAGCCCACAUGCCACGCGCUUUCACAACCACCGUAUUCACGAUAUCAUUUACGAUAAUCCGCGUAUAAAAAUUGUGUACCGUGAAUAUUAAAGUGUUAAUUCGGACCGAUGUGAUUGGAUGCUAGAAAUAUGAUCGGUUAAUCCAGAUUUUUAUUUACACGUGAAAAACUAAACUUUCCAAAUGAAGAUGACUGUAAAUCGUAUAAGGGUAGUGGUGCUCGGAAGCCCGCGGAGCGGGAAAUCGGCGGUGGUUGUGCGUUAUCUAACAAAACGGUACAUCGGCGAGUACAGUUCGACAGGGGAUUUCCUCUAUCAACAUAGAGUAGCAUUCGAUGGAGCGGUUUCAGAAGUAGAAAUACUGGACACCUCAAAUUGCGCGAUCCGUGGUUGCAUCGGCGAGCACGUACGGUGGGGUGAUGCGUUCGCGGUGGUGUACUCCGUGUGCGACCGGCGAUCGUUCGUGGCGGCUGCCGAGCUGCUCUCAUUGCUAGUGCGAAGUCGACUGCCAAGCUGCGCAGCCAUCACCCUCCUUGGAAAUAAACGAGACCUCGAACACGCCAGGGAGGUCCACGCGGAGGAGGGUCAAGAGCUAUCGCUGCGGUUCGGUUGCCAGUUCUACGAGGUGUCUGCGGCGGAGUCGUGCGCGGGAGCGGCGCUCGCCUUCCAUGCGCUGCUGCGGGAGGCCCGCGCGCUCGCGUUGUUACUACCCACGCCGCGCCGCAAACUCGCCGCUUACUCCGUCUCUAAGGUCAUCGGCACGAUAUUCGGCAAAAACAGCAAGAGCGUCCGAAAGAAACGACCAUCGUUAAGUAUUUAAGAAUAUUUUAUUUAAUUUUAUUGUUAAAACAAUGGACUGCUUAAUUCUUAUAUUAGAAUAGUUGAGUAAGUUGAAAACAUUACUUGAAAUUAAAUGUGGAGUUAAAUUCUUAAUUCAAAUUGUUGGUGAUUCGUUUGUAAAAUUUUAAUAU